CACACACCACCCCACCCCCAUAUUUGGACGGCGCAUACAUAGCUAAAAACGAAGUACAGUGCAACGCCAUAAUUCACUAAUACAUCAUAAAUCGUUGAAAGUACCCGCGUUAUAACGACCAAGAGAAAUCUAACAAAUCAAGCGCCCCUUAGUACUCAGCCGUAAGCCUGCAACUCUCUAAAACAACCUAAAUGAGCUCUUACUUUGUAAACUCGUUCUCGGGGCGCUACCCAAAUGGCCCCGACUAUCAACUGCUAAAUUAUGGAGCCGGCAGCGGCGCAAUGAACGGCGGGAUGUACAGGGACUCUUCCUCCGCCAACAUGCACCAUGCGACGGGCUCUUACGGCUACAGCUACAAUGGCAUGGACCUGACCGUCAGCAACCGGGGAGGGGGGAGCGGCAGCGCCGCCAACACCGGAGGACACUUCGGGGGCGGCUCGGUCGUCGGGGGCUCCAGGGGCUUCGGCUCCCCAGCAGCGGAGACGGGCUUCAGACAGCCGUCCAGCUGCUCUCUCGCCUCUGCGGCAGACUCCCUUCUGUCACCCGGUAUUGGAGAACCCAAACUGGGCGCCCAAAGCUCGUCUCCCCACUCGGAGCAACCAGGAAGCGGUAAUCUCAGCUCUCCAAAUCUGUCCUCCACCUCCUCCGGCGGCAGCGGCACGGCGCAGCGCUUCACGGAGCUGGACGACUCGUCGCCAGAGACCGAGGAGUUGCAGCACAAAAGGGAAGCCGGCCACGGCAGCAACCCGCCUCCCCGGACCGGGCACCCGCAAAGGCAAGAGGGCGGCCCGGCGGGAUCAGCCGCUGGCAGCACGACGGGCAGCGACACUCAGCCACCACAGAUAUUCCCCUGGAUGAGAAAGCUGCACAUUAGCCAUGAUAUGACAGGCCCGGACGGGAAACGGGCGCGGACGGCGUACACCCGCUACCAGACUCUCGAGCUGGAGAAGGAGUUCCACUUCAACCGGUACCUCACGCGGCGGCGGCGUAUCGAGAUCGCGCACGCGCUCUGCCUCACGGAGCGGCAGAUCAAGAUCUGGUUCCAGAACCGGAGGAUGAAGUGGAAGAAGGACAACAAACUGAAAAGCAUGACCCUCGGCACCGCUGGCAGCGCCUUCCAACCCUAGAAAUGAACCUAUAUAUAUAAAAAAAUCCAUACCUCCAUUUCUGUGGAAAGGUUAUUCCCAUGUGCAGGCUUCCCAGGAGGGAAUAGAGAGACAAAACAGGAAAAAAAAGAAAGAAAACUUGAAGAAAAUAUAGAAAACCCCAGAAGAAGCCAGCAGAAAAUGGAGCAAAAGAAGACGGUGAUGAAGAAACAUUUACAGUCAGAUUCCAAAUCCAGAUUUAAAAAAAACACUUCCUAUUAUCAACGGAGUACUGUACAGCAGCGCAGCACUUUUUAUUUGUUCAGCAUGUUGGUCUUUGGUGUUUUAGGGCAACGUAAAAAAUGACUGUGGUACGUGCUCUUCUAAAAACAAAAAAUGUAGUGUUCCUGUAUGUUGUUGUCGUUUUUUAAUCUUUCUGGAGCAGAGGAGUCGAGAUAAGGAAAGGAUGAGUAAUGCAACCUUCUCUUUACGUCCUCCCUGACAACGUUGCUACCUACCUGUUGAUGUCUAUAUAUCGCUUUAUGUGUCAAGUGCGAUGUUUUAUAUUUGACAAAGUGCUUUCUAGAGAUGUUAGCAUGUGAGCUCUUGUUGUAAGUUGUUUACAGCCAAUAAUAUGUGGAUAGCCUCCAGUUUGAGUCCCCCCCUUUCUCUGUCAGUCAUUUGGCAUUCAAAUCGGCUCCUAUUUUUAUUUAGGAAGCAGGAACGUCUCUCUCUCUCUCUCUCUGUGUGUGUGUGUAUGUGUGUGUGUGUGUGUGUGUGUGUGUGGGUGUGUUUGUGCGCGUGUGUGUCUAAAAUCAAAGCCCCGCUCACAAUUCUGUAUCCAUCCAUAAUGUUGUGUAUAGCUCUAUUAUUCAAGAAGUGUAACUGUACAUUAUUGUUGUUAUUAUUGUAAUUAUUGGAUUCAUGUUUGAGAAAGGAUGUAUAUAGAUAUAUAUAUAUAUAUUAACAUUUUUAACUGUGACCAGUUGGCUAUUUGUAGUUGCAGAUUGUAUGUGUAUAAGUGUGUGAGAAAAAAUGUGUGAAUGCUCGCGCGUGAGUGGUGUGUGAAAGUAUGUGUGUGAACGCAUGAACGAUGGAUGGCUACUGUACUGUAAGGCCUGUACGCUUUCUGCCAAUGAGCUUUUUGUAUUUGUUUGUAACUUGGAGUAAAAAACAACAACAAUAAAGUUCCCCGCAUACUCAUCAAAACCAGGCAGACUCAACC